CCCUUUUUUCCAAGCAGGCAAGGAGGCCACAUUAAUUAUUAUUAUUUUUUCUCUCUUUUUUGCCCCCUUCGAUUGUACGCUUCUGUCGAUCUUCUCGGCCAGCAGCGAGAACUUCAAGGGGGCAAGUGUGCAUUUACACUCGGACAAGCGGCGAGCGGAGCAGCGAAAAGUCAAGCCAGAAGAAGUCCCACCCGGUUGGCUGCCUCUAAAACCAGCUUGGCUGUAAAUUGAGCGUCUCUAUGGAUGGGAGAAGAGAUCUAGCUGGGUCCUGAAGUCGAAGUCCAGGAGGUUCUGUAAGAAGACUGGAGCAGCACCCUUGCUUGGUUUGGUGAGGGCAAGAGGGAUGGCGGUGGGACGCCGCUAGCAGGAUAGCUGUUGAGCGAUGCCUCUCUGGCUUCCGUAGGGGUCCCGCUCCUUCCUUCUUUCUUCUGUUUGGGAGUUGGGAGCCAGCGCUUCUCGGAGCCUACCGACGAGCAGCAAACCUGCCUGGGAAGCGUCUGGCCGGCAGCUUCUGCCCCUGCUCUGCCUCCACCCAGAAAGACUGCCUGAGAACUUUGCCUGGACUUCCGGUUCACAGCUCUCCUGAUCAUGCCUCUGUUCGCCUUUUUGCUCUGGGUCACCCUGCUAAUUGUGGGCUGGCGGCCAUCCUACUCCAAGGAUUACCUAUUUGCUACUCCGAGGGUGCAGCUCUCUUUCAAAGAGCUCAAGGCCACUGGCACCGCUCACUUCUUCAAUUUCCUGCUCAACUCAACAGAUUAUCGUAUCCUGUUAAAGGACGAAGAUCAUGAUCGUAUGUAUGUGGGGAGCAAAGACUACAUCCUGUCUCUGGACCUUCAUGACAUCAAUCGGGAGCCUUUGAUUAUCCAUUGGCCUGCAUCCCAGCAAAGAAUAGAUGAGUGUAUCCUAUCGGGAAAGAACAGCAAUGGUGAGUGUGGCAACUUCAUCCGCCUUAUCCAGCCCUGGAAUAGAACCCAUCUAUACGUGUGUGGCACUGGGGCGUACAAUCCUGUUUGCUCCUUUGUCAAUCGGGGCCGUAAAGCACAGGCUUUUGAGCUGAACCAGUCCGUCCAGCAGGGAGGACGGGGAAGUAGAGCAGUUGACUCCUCCCUCCGCCCGUCUCCAGUGGAACGCAAGGAUUACAUAUUCUACCUGGAACCAGAGAGGCUGGAAUCAGGAAAAGGGAAAUGCUCUUAUGACCCAAAGGUGGACUCCGUCUCAGCAUUAAUCAAUGAAGAACUCUAUGCAGGUGUCUACAUUGACUUCAUGGGCACUGAUGCUGCCAUCUUCCGUACCAUGGGCAAGCAGACUGCCAUGAGGACUGACCAGUACAACUCACGCUGGCUAAAUGAUCCAGCAUUUGUCCAUGCACGGCUCAUCCCGGACAGUGCUGAGCGGAAUGAUGACAAGCUCUACUUCUUCUUCCGAGAGAAAUCCACUGAUGCCCCACAGAGUCCUGUUGUCUACUCCCGCAUUGGUCGCAUUUGCCUGAAUGAUGAUGGAGGCCACUGCUGCUUGGUUAACAAGUGGAGCACGUUCCUGAAGGCGCGACUUAUUUGUUCUGUGCCUGGGCCUGAUGGGAUCGAAACACAUUUUGAUGAACUCCAGGACGUCUUCAUCCAGCAGACCCAGGAUGUGAAGAACCCCAUCAUUUAUGCUGUUUUUGCUGCUUCCGGGUCUGUAUUUAAGGGCUCUGCUGUCUGUGUCUACUCCAUGGCAGACAUCCGUAUGGUCUUCAAUGGACCUUUUGCACACAAGGAAGGCCCCAACUACCAGUGGAUGCCUUACACAGGCAAAAUGCCCUACCCUCGACCUGGCACUUGCCCAGGAGGAACGUUUACUCCUUCGAUGAAAUCAACCAAGGAUUACCCUGAUGAGGUUAUCAAUUUCAUGCGCACGCACCCCAUGAUGUACAAUGGUGUGUACCCCAUACACCGCCAGCCGCUAGUUGUGAGGACCAACGUCCACUACAAGUUCACAACAAUUGCCGUGGACCAGGUGGAUGCAGCUGAUGGACGCUAUGAGGUGCUUUUCCUGGGCACAGAUCGUGGUACAGUACAGAAGGUGAUUGUGCUGCCCAAAGAUGACAUGGAAACAGAGGAACUGAUGCUGGAAGAGGUGGAGGUGUUCAAGGUUCCAGCAAACAUCAAGACCAUGACUAUCUCUUCCAAAAGGCAACAGCUCUAUGUGUCUUCAGCCAUUGGGGUAACACACUUGGCUCUUCACCGCUGUGAUGUGUACGGGGAAGCCUGUGCUGACUGCUGUCUGGCCAGAGACCCCUACUGUGCCUGGGAUGGCAAGUCCUGUUCCAGAUACUCUGCUUCCUCCAAGAGACGGAGCAGACGUCAGGAUGUCCGGCAUGGCAACCCCAUCCGUCAGUGCAGGGGCUACAAUUCCAAUGCCAGCAAGAACACAGUAGAGGCUGUCCAGUAUGGAGUGGAGGGAAGUACAGCCUUCCUAGAGUGCCAGCCUCGCUCCCCUCAGGCCACCAUCAAAUGGCUACUCCAGAAGGACAACAGUGACCGAAGGAAAGAGCUGCGCACUGAAGGGCGGGUGCUGAGGACAGAGCAGGGGCUGCUACUGCGCUCCUUGCAGCUCUCAGAUGGAGGCCUGUAUUCCUGCACAGCCACUGAGAACAACUUCAAGCACACAGUGGCCAAAGUGCAGCUGCACAUACUGAGCAGUGAAACGGUCCAUGCAGUGCUUUUCCAGUCAGAGGCUCCUGCCCCUUCUGCGGCAGCCAUGCGAGCGGUCCUACCAGGAACCUUCAGCUCUCACUACCAUGACCUGGUUCAGUUGCUCACCCAACCUGAGAUGGGACUCAUCAACCAGUACUGUCAGGGAUACUGGCGGCACGUGGCCUCCAGCCACAAGGAGACUCUGGCUGGUCUCAAAGCCAAGGAGUUGCAUGACCAGAAGAAGCCACGGAAUCGCAGGAACCACCAGCCAGAUACAGAUCAACACACAUGAAACUGACCAAGGGACUAUGUAAUGACAAUGCUUUAUUUCCCCAAUUUUAAUAUUAAAAAUAUCUAUAAAUAUAUAUAUAUAAAUAUAUAUAUAUAUAUAUCUACACAAACACGCCCCGCUCUCCCUCAAGACAGUAUUUAUUUGUAGGUUGUACAUAAUCCUUGGGUGAUUUCAGUCUCACCUCAGUGUGAGACAGUGAGGAGCUCGGAGGCGUCUCUUCUGGCAGCUUGCCCUUCCUUCCCCCUUUUUAUCUACGGUACUGUAAAAAAAAAUCAUGUGGAGGGGAUUGAGAACAAGGGGAAAUCGUUUAUGUGCCAGCCCAAAAGCACACAUGUGGCAGGGAAGGGGAAGGACAGGGACACCUGGAGUAACUAGUAAUAAGGCCCAUGCCUUGUUAGCUCAGUGGAACAAAAUGUUCUUUUCGGAAUCUGUGAAUCCUGAAUGGCUGACUAGAAGCUUCCCAGGGCAGGUCAUCAUUUACAAGUUGGGAUUUCUGUGCUACCAUCCUUGAAAGCAUUCUUGGUAAAAAUAAAAGCAGCUGUCAAACACUAAACAGAGUGAAGAGUAGAGCCCUGAGAAACACAGGGAGUCUCAGGCCCCUGCCAGUCCUCCCACCAGAGGUAUGCCUAAACUCUGGCUAUGCCUACAGAGUCUUUAGCACCUUUCAUUCCUGCCAUACUUUUCUCUCAUUCAAAGCACAAUUUGGCAGGGCAGUAUCCAGGGUUGAGUAUGUUGGAUGGAGACUGAACCACUUGAGGAGCCAGACCAAUUUAAGAGAGAAGGAAACAGUCAUCAAGGAUAUGCCUGCAUAGCCCAUGUGGUGCUCCUACAUCUGCUUGGAGCAAGUGAAUACCACCAAUAGGAAUCUGAGGAGCAAUGUUGUGAUUGUCAGUGAUUUGAUCUCAGUAGCUUGGCUGGCAUGUGGCAUGCCUCUGUGAGAGGUACAGUAUCGGAAAGUCACAAUACAAAGGUAGUAGAUGACCUGUUGAAAUAGAUAGGACUCAAAGGGUGGUUGUAUGUAUCAUUUUGUGAAUAUGUCUAUGAUCCUAGGCACCCAGCUUUGAUAAGCCACUUUGCCUGAUGGCUCAGGGCCCAUGUGCGAGACACUCAUCCAAAUGUGUUAUGCCAGGGAGACAUAAUGUACAUAUGAACCAAAGUUACUCUCCCAUAGUGCAUGCACCAGAAAAUUUUGAGGUCAAAGACAGCAUGGGAAUGAAAAGGGUUUAGACAUCAGCUGGACAGCCAUCAGAACACCUGGCUUCUCUGCUGGCCCAUGGAUGACUCAGUGCCUCAGUUUCCUUACUUGGUUAUUUAUUAUAAUUUAAUAAUAUUAAUUUGUUCGCUGCAAGUCCAGAUCUUCAAUCCGUUAGCACCAACCUAUGUAGUACAAACCUAGAAGAGAUGGGUCAGGUCUGAAGUAUCUGUGUGCUUUGUAAAGGAAUCCUGUGGCAUUUUCAUCACUACUCAGUAAUCUAAACUUCCUGCCUCCAGUUUUCACUGCAGUGGUAAAGGACAACACAUUGCUAUGCCACUCAACAUUAAAAUCAAGCAUGCAAUAUUAUUGUUAAGGGGGACUGUAGGGGUUAUGAAUCCCAUUGUACAGGUGAGAAUUUGCCCAACAGAUGCUCUUGGAAUUAAUUUCUUUUUAAAAAAUACAGAAGGAAUGGUUAUGGUUCGUGUCUGUGUUUAGGGACAGACUAAGAGAAUAAAGUGUCACCUCUGAAGCAUGAAAGAGAAAAUAGACAUCACAGGAAGGGGGAUGUAUGUGCAUGCUUAUUUGUGUGCAUGGGCUCUGGAGAGCUUGGGGAAUUCAUGAAAAGUAUUUUGUAUACAAUGCAAAGGGCUUCAUGUAAGUCAGGCUUGUCAAGGGUUUUCCCUGAAGCCUGUCAGGUAUGUAGGAAAUAAAGAACAGAGUGCUUCUGAGUCUGUCCACAGUGCAUGUUCUUCACUGCUGGGUAACCACAGCAAAAGCAGAUACCUGGGAGUGUGAAGACUGGUCUCUACGUCAAAAAGGCAGAAACCCAGGACAGGUUUAAUCAAGCUCCAGAUAUAGCAGAGUCUCUCGAAUUCCUGCUCCCUGCCUCAUCUCUUGGUCUGUGUAUUCCUACCACAUUAUAGUUUGCUGUAGCAAAAUGUUUCGUUUGCUUUUUCUCUUGGGCUCUUCCUUCAGGCUGGUUUCAUUGGUAUGAGCAUGACUUCUACAUCUGCCACAUCCAAAUUCUGGUCAAAUUCCCAGGUUGGAAUAUUUCACAUGGCUUCUAUUUGUGAAGUUAAUGUGAUUUACGCCUGUUGAACUUCAGUGCUUUCAUCUCCCAUUGCAGUGGCUGUGCAAGGAGAAUGGCUGCUUGCUGCAGAUUGGGGGUCCCUUUAACAUUGCUAGUUACAAGAAGCUACAGGGGCUGUGAUCACAGAGAUAGUGUGUACAAAGUUCAUGUCUACACCUAUCAAAUUACCUUUAAAAUGUUGCCUAGAUGAGCAAGAGUGAAAACUAGGCUGUUUCUUGUUCUUUGCCCCCUGUUGUCUAUACUGCAAGGGAGACUCUCACUAAUGCUUCCUCUGUGCCCUUUGGGUACCUUAUAAGCUUUGGGUCCAACCCAUUCACCAUCAUUCUUGCAGGUAGAUUCCCUUCCCCUGCCAAUUUGAGUGAUCUGCGUGUACUUUCUAUUGUAAAUAGCUGUAAAUCAAAAAUGUAACAAAACCAGGGAACUGGAGCAUCUGACAAGUAGCUCCUUAUGAUGAAUUCAAGCGCAGAGCCACUUCGCGCCUGUACUGUGAAUUUCCGGUGGAUAGAAUGAGCUAAUAAACACUGG